GGAUUCGACGUGGCCAGGACGAGAACUUCGGGCGCAGGAGCAAGGAGACCGGGGCUGUUCCGGGCUCGAGGGCAUUUCCAUGGGACACCGACGAAAAUUGACUUUUGAAAGGAGCCGCGAACAGGAGCUUGGUAAGAAUUCAUCAGUUGAGACCACGAGACCAAGCAAGGAUGGCCGGACAUCAGAGCUGAGGCCGGAAUCACGGGGCUCAGAAUUGAACAGGGACGGGGGACCCAGGCAGAUCGGGAUUGCGAAACCCGGGUUGGGCCGAAUUGGUACAUCCGGGGCGGGACUCGUCAGAAGGACCGAGACUUUGGGAUGGGACCGUGACUAUGGGUCGACUCGAGACUUCAAGCAGGCCGCGAUACUGGUCGAGACCGAAGGCCAAAUUGAGCGGCAACGUAGGAACUUGCUUUUUAUUUUGCUUAAGCAAGUUCCAGAGAAUAAGCACUUCAAGAUGAUGAACACAAGAGCCAAGCAGAUUGCAUUUGACAUUGUGCGGCGGGGCUACUCUGUUCAGGCCUCCUUCCCAGGGUCAUCCCCACCCUGGGAAUGUGCAAACAUAUGGGGCCCAGCUUUAUUGGAAACUGUCAUGAGUACUUCAGAUACAGCUACAAUCCAGCAGUCUGCAUUGGAUCUUCUCCAGCUUAUGUUAAUUGGGGAUGUCUCAGUGCUAUCGGCCUUGUUCAUUAGGAAUAAGGCAAGCUCCAAAGGACAGACACCUCCGAACUUGGCUCAGGAGGAUGAAGACGAGGAUGGAGAAGAAGUAGGGGGAUUGGCAGGAACAGGACUCGGGGAAAGACCAAAUGUAUUGUCAGUGAAUGAGUUCAGGAGGCUUCAGAGGAGCGCAGUUGAUGAAGCAGAUCGAUGGCGUUGCGUGCCCAUUAUCUGGGACUUCCUCAGAAAAGUUUCACCAUCAGCAGUCCCUUGUGGUCUUGCAGAGACGGUGUUCUGGGCAGCUAGCCAGUUUUCUCCCCUUGAAGGAGGACCUCCAGGCGAAAUGGAAAGGGAGACAAUAUGUGCCAAUGGGGAUCUUGCAGAACGCAUCUCUGUGGAGUUGAGACAGGCAAUGUCUUGGGCAAAUUCAACAGGUGUUGACGACUGUAAUGAGGUCUCAUGCGUAAAUGCUGUGCUCGCAAAACAUUACUGGAUGCAGCUAAUCUGGAUCUUGAAAAGGUGGGCAGGCAUGUUUGUGCAGAGGUACAGAAGCAUAAAAGUUGUUAACCAGCCUUGGGUGGUUGAGGGACUUGUGCUCCUAUUUCUUGAUGCAGAUACGGAGAUGGGGGCUUUUCGCAAGGAAAUGAUGAAGGCCUAUGCAGGAGGCAAAGAGGACAAAGUGGCGCUGGAUGAUUUUUUUGCUAAGAUAUGUUCUAGUCCUGCCACAUCAGCUCUCAUUGCGCGAGGAUUUCAACAUGCUGCACACAUGCUCUUGGCCCAGGAAUUUCAGUACUCUGUGCGCAGGCUUGCGCAGUUCGCCUUCUAUGUGAAGAAGAUCUUGGAGUCUAUCAUCAGCAGGAAACCUACAGAGGCCAGUGCAUGGGAUCAUGUGGUUGCUCGCAUCUGCGAAAUCUCUUGGCAGGCCAUUGUGGAGCCACUCACCACUGUAAGCCCUUGUGGGAUGGGAAAGCAUAAUCUCGAUGUUCAGUAUGCGCAGUUGUCAUUCGUGAACAUAUUCCAACUUCUGCAAGUUCUUUGGCAGUAUCUUCCCAGAACUGGAAGGAAUGCUCCGGUCACUAGGACUAUUCUUCCGAAAGAUCAUCAAUAUCCCCAUCAAGACUACAGAUCAAUCGGGACAGAUGUAAUCUCAAAGAUCAUCCGGUGGGGAUUGACUCGUGAUUUGUCAGUUCGUCGACGUUGGAAGGGAGCCAUAGAGGUGAUAAUGAAGGAUCUCCUUCAACAUCUUGACCAGUUGCCACCAGAGAUUCUUGAUGCUGGAAAACAAGUACUUGAGGCAGGGACCUCACCUCUAACUGAUGAAGAGCGUAUCGCCCUUGCUCCUCUGUUCAAGAAUGCUGCUCCUGGUAGCCUGGGCCGUGGACUGCUUGAGAACUUGCCUAGAGUGAGUGGAGAGAGGGUUUCAGCUUCGGGUUCCAAACCUGGAGGUAAGGUAGCAAUCAGUAUUGGGCAGAAGAAUGGAUCUGUGCUGAAUCUUAAUUCAGUGAAAUCAGAACCAGUUUCCCCGGAGGACAGCUCCUCUGGGAAAGCAGCCUUGCAUGUUGAUUCGUCUUGUGAAAUGAACGCUGAUCAGUUUAGCUUCAAGGACGCCUUGCAGUCAGGCAGCCGCGUGAGAGGGAGAGAAGUUGCUGAGAAUGGUGAUGCCACUGAUAUCAAAAUAGCUGAUGAUCAGUUUAACUUCAAGGACGCCUUGCAGUCAAGACGCCGUUUGAGAGGACGAGGAGUUGCCGAGGAUGGUGAUGACACUGAUAAGAUUUUAGCUGAUUGCUUGAGAUCUACAAGCCUCCUGAGGGCCAGGGUUGAAGGACUGGAUAAAGAUGAUGAACUAACGGCAUCUGCAGCUGUUAGAGUUAAGGAAGAGCCAAUGGGGAGAGAAUCAUGCCCAUUCACAAUUAAUGAUGAGGGAACAAGAUGGUCGAAACCAGAGUGGGUGGAGAUGGAACAUGGCAUAGUCAUGAUCCCGGAUGAUGACGAGGAUGAAUCGAAGGGACAAAGUGCGGAAAGUGACUUGGAGACUAAAACAAGUGAGGACUCGCGUGCUUCUAGGCAAUAUUUAUCGGGUUUGAAACGUCCAUGUAGUGAUGCUGACUAUGCCAAUGAGCACAUAGGUAGGUCGGAGUUGUCUCGACCAAGCACACCAAGGGUAAGCAACGCAUCCAAGGGUGCUUCUAGAGGUGGUGUCGCCAGUGUAAGAGGCGACAAAAACCCUGGAGCCCCGCCUGAAGGUGCAUCAGGAAAUAGACUCUUCGGGGUUCCACUUGAUGGUGCAAUGGGAAGCCAAGCUGGGCCUGCAAAGAGACGAAAGGUGGAAACUGGUAAGGGCAUCAGCAAGUUUGCAGCAAUGAGAAAAGAUUACCAUGCUGAACGGCAGAAAAUGCACACUACAAUAGCUGCAAACAAGUGUCGCAUGGGAAAUGCAUCUGUUGCUGCUGUUCAUUCGAACCAAGGGUUCGCAAGGGAUCAAGCAGUUUUAGAUGGGGAGCCGCGUGAAAGGUACAGACCAGUGUUGGAGGAAACUUCACAUUAUGGAAACAAGGGAACUGAUGGAGAACUGGAUGCCUUGCGAAACAUUUUGAAAUUGGCUGGGCAAGGGUCUCGUCGGAAAACGAUUCAGCUUGGGACACCUGGCAAGGUGGCUGGGAGAGGGAGUUCAGGAACUUCGACUGGGAGAAUUGGGAAAUCUGGGCAGAGGCCUCCUCCACCUCGCCUGGACGACUGGUGGAAGGAGAUUCUGAAGCUGGACUACCAUGAAGUCGUUCGCGCAGAGUCGGACAGAGAUAAGGAUGCUUUGAGAAAAGCAGGACUGUUACGCGUGCAGAAUCGGUUUGUGGACUCUAGUGAUUACCAGAAAAAUUUUGCGCCUCUGGUGUUGGAGGAAUUCAAAGCACAGAUACAGAAGGAACACAUGGAAGGAAAUGGCAAUGCUAGUGGGAGAGGAGCUGAACCUAAGGGAGUGUUGCGGCUGAUGUCCCUGGAAAAGGUUGACGAUUUCUGGGUGGGACGCUUUAUGGGAGAGCCCGGGUCUGAUGCUGUUCUUCGAUCUUGCUUUGAGCAUGACCUGUUGCUCCUUGUUCGACAGGCAGGUGCAGGAUCUGGUCCGCCACCUCACAUGCUCGCGAAGGUGGAGAAACGAGACAGAGACAGUAAAAUGAGGGGGGUUAUCCUGCAUCUCCGCUUUUACCUUCCUGCCAGUAAUGAACGGCUCGUGAAAGCAAGAAGUUCCCUUCGAGACAACAGCAAGUGGGAGACUACCAAGCUACUUAGUCUGAUUUCCAAUAUACGAGAGUUUCAAGCGCUGUCUUCGAUAGAGAACCUUCCUUUCCUGGACGUUAUUCUUCGGCCUUGCCCUGAGCAUGGGCAAACUGUAGCCAGAGAGCUGUGCUUGGGAGCCUUGCCACAGCCGCUGAGGGAGCGAUUGGAGAGGGAGUACAAUGAGUCUCAGCUCUCUGCGAUUGCUGCAUCAAUAGGGCCAAAGCCCGGAGCCACUGAACAGGGGCAUCACUUGGCACUUAUCCAAGGCCCUCCUGGGACUGGGAAGACACGGACAAUUUUGGCAAUUGUCAGUGCCCUGCUGGCAUUGUGGGCGCACAACCUUGAAGCACGGCGAAACACAUCCCAAAAUGGUUGCGUUGGAAGAGGUUCUGACGAGGGGGAGCCUAUCAAGCUUGGCCACUGGCGUAGGAGUGGCCGAGGGAGGGUCUUAGUUUGCGCCCAGUCCAAUGCAGCAGUUGAUGAGCUUGUGGCGAGAAUAUUCAAGUGCAACCGCAUCGCAGCACGUGAAGGGCGGGCAGCCGCAGCAGGACAGCAGCUACCUCUGCCCCACCCCUCUGAAAUGGACAACCCCACGGUGGACAAUGCCGCAUCCGGCAGUCCACGCGAGGCGUGCAGCUCGAACCCCCCGGCCCCACAGGCCCAGCAGGAGGGUUCCACUGCGACUUCUGUGGGAACCCUCGACGCUGCACCAGUCCGGCAGCAAGGAGAGACCAUGACGGCCUCCCUGGUCCGCCUGGGCACCCACAUGCAGCAGGUCCAAGAGGAACAGCAACGUGAGGCGGCAGCCGAAGCGGCACGCCUCAAUGCCAUUGCACGCGCAGAAGAGCAACGACGCCGGCAGCUAGCUGACGCAACUGCCAACCACAACAAAGCUCGAAGAGAUGCCGCGUCUGUCCUCGUGCAGCAGGAAGCCGCUCAUACCGCAACACUCCAAGCAUGGCAUGUUGAUCCGGCGGAAACGAUGGAACCAACUGUGGAGGACCAGACUAAGUUAGCUCUCGCCAACAUGAUGCACCAAGUCAUCCUCACUUGUAACUGGCAACAAGUAAAGCUGGCUCGGCAGGCUCGUACCAUCACUGAGUACGAGGAGACUCUCAAGAGCCUCCAUGCCCGCCUUGACGUGCUGGAGAAGGAUGACGUGCCGCACAGGCACACGGCAUCGUCAAGCAUCAAUCCAUCGAUCUGCGAGCUGGAAGAACGAAUGGAUCACCUAGUCGCGCUUGUCGGCGAUUUGAACACACUUUACCUCUGCAGCACCGGUGCCAGCCAAAUGUGCCUCAACCACCUGGCUCAAACCGAGGGCGUCGAAGUCUCUAAGCUUUACACCAAGAUCACUUGGGACGCCAUGACUGAGAAGUGGCAGAAACGCUUCAUCGUCGACGACGCUCAGGGCAAAGGCGUGAACCGGAUCUUCAACAUGCAUCGAGGCAGCCAGCCAACACGCGAAUGGCUAACCGAGUGGCAGAAAAUCGUGACGAUUCCGAAUUUGGACAUCCCAUUCGUACAUCUUCGUCGCGAAUUCUUCCAGCGGUCAGUUGACGCGGUGAGCACGGCCCUUGGGGAGCGCAGCCUGUACACGGACUUGACCAGAUCGUGGAGAAGGCGCGCGAAGUCAUCCAAACCGAUCGGUGGGCAGCCAACGAGUGGCGAAGUCAACCGACUUUUGUGGAAAAGGGCAAAGGCCCGUGGCCGCAGCAAGUCGCUGCUGUCCAAGGAAAUGGACAAGAGAACGACCAGGCGACUGACGAGUCUAGUGAAGGAGACGGGGUCAACGCCCUUCCGCCACGACGCAACAACAACAACAAGAAGAAGAAGGCAAAGAAGAUGUCCGUCCACGGCAAAGCUCGGGAAACUGAGCUUCACGGGAAGUGAGGCGACUCCAUUUCCUACUCUGUCGGACACGGUUGCCUUGCUAACAACCUCCUCCACGUCCGGGGAACACGCGUAUGUCGCCAGUCUUCACGAAGAUUAUGAAGACUAUGCUGUCCAGCUGGUCCCGCCAUUGGACCAACCUCUCCAUGUGCAAGAGUCUUAUGCGUGCGCGACUUCAUCACUAUCGCCAAGUGAACCAGCACCAUCGCCAACAACACUGGGGGACUCGUCGGUGUGUGAUCUCGACCCAUUGACACCGGAGGACUUCCAAUGGUUGCCUCUUCCCCCAUCUGGUUCCUUGCCGAAGCCGCAUUGCAACGCCCUAAUGGCGGAGUUACGCAACUACUUGCACGCUGCAGUACUAUCUCCGUUGAUGGAAGACGGAGUUGCGGUUGUUGACCUUCGCGAGUACAUUGCGAAGAUUGACCGUGAGUAUGCCACGCAACGGUACGACGACACCGACGCACCGUUACUCUAUAUCCGCAUUCAAAUCGGGAAGGCGACCUGCAGCGCCUUGAUUGAUUGGGGAGCUACUCGCAACUACAUCAGCCAGGAUUUCAUGACCCGCGCCGGCCUUGGGCCGCGCGUUCGAAGGGAAUCGCAGCCCACACAAGUCACAUUGGCCGACGGUCGUAUGCACAAGUCCAUUGACCGGUGCAUUGACUCUGUCCCCGUGUACUUCCGCCCGCUUGCACGCGAGGCCGUGUCCUUUGAUAUAUUGGACACAAAGUUCGACAUGAUUUUGGGCAUGUCAUGGUUGUGUAGCGAGGACCACCCGGUGAACUUCUACCGCCGCACCGUUCACGUUCGUGACCGGAACGGGGUACUUGUGCCAUGUAUGGUCCCCCCACCUCAUCCUUCGAUUGGUUGUCACGUGGUCUCCGCAGCAAGCAUUCGCAACUCCAUCGCACGGAACGAUGUGGAGGAAAUGGGCAUUUGUUUCUUGCACGCCCUCCCUCCUCCCGACGAGCCAGCGGCCGAACAGCCACCGGAUCCACGCAUUGUACAGCUUCUUGACUCCUAUGGCGACGUCUUUGAAGCCCCCGCCGGGAUCGUAAAGUUUGCUCUCCGCUAAAUAUCUUCUCCCGCCGUUGAACUCGUUCUUCAUCAGCAGCCUUUGCUGCUGCCUCGUCGUGCUGGCGCUGCUGUUCAAGUGCCAGCAGACGUGCCUGCUCGGCGUCCUCUGCCUUCUUCUUUGCCGCUGUUGCUGCGUCAUCCACCUGUCUCUUGGUUUCGGUACUCCAGGCCAGCAUCCGGGCCUGGUAGGCCUCGUCUGUUUCCCCGGACCUCUGGUCCAUGACGGCUGUUUGUGAACGCAACAGCAUAGACCAGGCGGGGGCUGCUGACGUGGCAUUGCUGUUGGCUGACGUGGCCUGCUGACGUGUCCUGCUGACAUGGUCUGCUGACAUGGCCUGCUGAUGUGGCAACUCACCAAUGCCGCCGCAGGGGGUACCCGGAGAUAGAUAGAGAAGGUAAGACCAGAGGGGGCAACAACAUAGGUUGGGAGGGGUGGGUGGGAUAAUCGCCCAGAUAAGGAGCCACUAAUCAAAAAGAAAAGUUUGAACUUUGCAAAAAAAAAAAAAUCGAAAUAAUAAAAAAUCCCGAGUUUUGCAAGUUCAAUAGGUCUCCGAACCUCCCUUGAAGUGCGAAAUGAUCAAUGAGAAAAAAAUUUCGACUUCAGACUGCAAAUGAUUUAUAGAACCGACUAACAAAAUCCUAGAACUAUG